CGCGCUGCCCCUUGUGCUUCACAGAGGACACUCUUUUAACAAAACAACAUACAGCACUGCGCGCACAAGACCGACAGAGAGAUAACGGAAACAAAAUGUUUUGAUGCUGCUGGAAUAUCACCCUAAUAUGGAGACUUACUCAUUUGGAUUCCGGACUUCAUAGUGGAAAAAACUUACUCAAUACGCUGUGAGUACAGAGCAGGGAGCUGUUACGGAGCACUGAGCUGUUACCGAGCACUGAGCUGUUACCAAGCACAGAGCUGUUACCAAGCACGGAGCUGUUGCGGACCCUCCUCUAUGGAACUGAAGAUGAGGGCAGCUCGCCAGGAUGCUGAGGGUCCUCACGUAUUUGACCUAUGUGCUCUAGGCUAUAUCUGUUCCCUGAUCACACAACUUAGUGUACAGCGUGUCUCCAUUGAUUAAAUGCUUUAAGACUAAUGACUUGAUCAACAAUUGAAUGCAUCCAAGUUAAGCUGUUUGGGGGUGGAAAGGCGCACGCUAUAAAUAACCCAGGAGAAGAUGCGUUUAUGAUGGAUGUAGCCAAGUUUAUCACCGUUACCUACAACACCUUGCAGGAUGCCAACUCCUCGAGUGCACCAGGACCUCUCCCGCACACAGAGCUGGGCUCUGCGCUCAUCAUCCUGCUGGUCACCGUGAUCAUUCUGGUCACCAUCGUUGGUAACGUGCUGGUCAUCGUGGCCGUGCUCACCAGCAGGGCUCUCCGCGCGCCCCAGAACCUUUUCCUGGUGUCCUUGGCAUGCGCGGACAUACUCGUAGCCACACUGGUCAUCCCGUUCUCUCUUGCCAAUGAGGUCAUGGGUUACUGGUACUUUGGGAGCCCCUGGUGCGCCUUUUAUCUGGCACUGGAUGUACUCUUCUGCACCUCGUCUAUAGUCCACCUGUGCGCCAUCAGUCUGGACCGCUACUGGUCCGUCACCAAGGCAGUGAGCUAUAAUCUGAAGCGGACCCCCAAGCGUAUCAAGUCCAUGAUAGCCAUGGUGUGGGUCAUCUCCGCCGUCAUCUCCUUUCCACCUCUUAUCAUGACCAAGCAUGAUGAGCACGAGUGUCUGUUAAACAACGAGACCUGGUACAUCCUGUCCUCUUGCCUCGUGUCCUUCUUUGCCCCGGGCCUCAUCAUGAUCCUAGUCUACUGUAAGAUUUAUAAAGUGGCCAAGCAGCGCUCUUCCACGGUGUUCGUGGCUAAGAAUGGCCUGGAGAGGCAGCCCUCCCAGUCAGAGACGUGCUUCAUGAGGAAGGAGCGGAUGGAGAUAGAGAGCCCCAGUAGCCAGAGCUCCGAGGACCACCACAGGCAGGAGGAGCUGGAUGAUAUCGACCUGGAGGAGAGCUGCUGUGCAUCGGACAAACCCCGUAACCAGCGCUUCUCCAAGCGAAUGAAGGUGGAGGGCUCGGACUGCUGCCCACGCCAGAGCUGCCGCCUAUCUUGGGCCUCGGCGCGCGCCACACAGCUUUUCCAAGACCCUAAAAAUGCUGCCAACCCCGCCCUGGCAGCCCAGCGGCAGCACCUUGCGGCGGCCUCGUCCAAGACCAAAGUGGCCCAGAUGCGUGAGAAGCGAUUCACGUUCGUGCUCGCCGUGGUGAUGGGGGUGUUUGUGCUCUGCUGGUUCCCCUUCUUCUUCACAUAUAGCCUGCACGCAAUCUGCAGGGAGAGCUGCUACAUCCCCGGUGGGCUCUUCAACACCUUCUUCUGGAUUGGUUACUGUAACAGCUCCGUGAACCCUAUCAUAUAUACCAUUUUCAACAGGGAUUUCCGUAAGGCGUUUAAGAAAAUAGUUUGCCGGACUUCAAAACGCACUAAUGCCACUUGAAAAGAAGGGUCACUUUGAUGGCCAUGACUGAUUGACUGUGCUUCACUGCUCAUCGUAUCCAGCGCUCAGCCCUACACCUCUGAAUGACUAUUAGUUUCAAAAUGAACUUUUAUAUGUAAAUAAUAUGAUGAUGUCAUAUCAAAAUAUCUCGUGUUGUGCACCAAUAUGUGAAUAUUAGAAACCAUGUACAGAGGGAAUAGGAUGUAUUAAACAAAAGUAAUAUAUAUAUAUAUAUAUAUAUAUAUUGUCAUAGAUGCUUUAGUAUGACUACUGAAUCAUAUUGUCCCCUGCUUUCAAAGUUAAGAAUUCAUUUAAUAUUCAGUGAUGUAGCUAAGUUAUGUAAGGCCAAAGCAUAAUCAUUCCAGCACCUUUGUACAACCCGUUCUUUUCUGUACUGUAAUUAAUAUUUUAUGUCCCAUCUAGAUAAAACAAAUGAUAAUUUGGUUCAGAGUAAAAAUAAUGUCAUGAACCCAGAUUGCAGAGCUGAUAAAGCUGUGUGGGGCGCUGGGUGUUUUAGAAUCUAAACAUGAAUCAUUCAUCACACUGUCGUCAAUAAGGAAUGAGAGUGAGAACAGGGGUGUAGCGUCUACUUUUGAUGAGUAGCCUAUCCUAAAUGAUUACAAAUGACUGCAAUUGCUUGGUCGAGUUUGACAGAGGUAUCAAAACGUAAAGAUUUUAUUUCUGUAUUUUUUUUUAAACAAUACAAAACAUACACAUACAAACAACAACAUAGCGAUGCACACAAACAUCCACAUCACCCCUGCCCAGACCCACCUGCUCACACCCCCAUCUCCAGCGCCCGCAUCACGAUCCGCCACAUGGCCUCAAACUGCACCAUGUUGUUUCUCUCUGUCGCCGACGCACUUUCAACAUUUAGAUAAUACAGCAUUUGACCUUUCCAUUGUAUUAACGACAGAUGAUUGGUUGAUUUCCAGAAGUUUGUUCAAGAUGAUUGACGAGAAAAGUAUCGUCCAACCCAUCGGGGAUCUCACUGCACCCUCAUAAUUAGAUGUAGUUUUCAGUCUAUUUAAAAUAAAUCCAAAAUGUUAUUGAUUACAACUUCUGUCAGACGGGUUUGAGUGGACCUCAGGUCUACCUCAUUGCUGAACCCCCAAAACCCAGGCACUGUUGUCCAUGGGGCUGAAACAUGCACUCUGCACUGCUGGCACUAUGCUGCGUGAGGAAUGCAUUGGCAUGGCAUAUUCUAUGGUUUACAAAACCACCUAUCAAAAUAUGAGUGUGCCUCUUUUAGAUACUUGUAGACAAUGUAUGUAAACAGGUAGAUCAUCACACUUUACACCUGCUUAUAUUAUUUCAUCCCAAUGAGAAAGGAAGAUCAUGAGCAUUUACCUAUGGUUUGAGACGCCUUAUAUCAUAAUUAUAAUCUAACAUGAUUUAUUGCUGAAAUUAUUAUCAUCUUCAGCCAAAUAUUUCAUUUUAGAAAACUCAACAUUUUUCCAAAAUAUAGCGUGUGUGCAUUUGUGUGUGUGAGAAAGGAAGUGAGGAAAAUAUUAGAUCAAACAUGUUUUAGUUGGUCUACUACUUCCUCUUCUGUGUUUUGAUUGUCAUCGGCUUUGUGCGCAGGCAGACCUCCAGUGACAGGGAACCACUGUGUAUUGGUUCAACAAUGGCUUAACAUCCCUUACCAAGCUUAAAUCCUUAAUCCUCUUUGUUCUGUAUGAUAUUGCAAUAUAAGGCUUAUAUGGCUUAGUCUAAUUAAACAGUAGGCUGAAUGCUUCUGCUUUGGAUUACAACUGUUCAUCUACCUUUUUAAAAACCUUUUCAAACCGCAAAGCCUCAGGCGUUUAUAGCAUGACAAAUUAAUCCACAACUGGCCAUGUUGCAGACGUGAGCCACAUGACAGUGAUGUCAAGGAAGAUGUGAUUCAGAUCUCCAGAUGUGGCAAAUCUGGGGACUGAAAAUGAAUGUUGUCAUAUCAUGCACACAUCACAAAGAGCGAAGGGUUAAGCAAAUGGAGAUGCGGAGACUGACAAAUUCCAUUUGGAGGAAAUGGGCUAGCCACUCCAAGGCUGUGGUUUUAAUUCCCAGACAGGCCACAUAUAGAACCUCUGUUCUAUAGAUAGCUGAUCAGAACUUAUUACACCUGGGCCACGUUUCAUGUUGGAUCGGUUACGACAAAGAGGAUGUAAGUCCAAAUGCAGUGUUAUAGGCCAGGAUUUCCCAAACUCGGUCCUUGGGACUCCAAGGGGUGCACAUUUAGUUUUUUUCCCUAGCACGACACAGCUGAUUCAAAUAAAUCAAAGUUUGAUGAUGAGUUGGUUAUUUGAAUCUGCUGUGUAGUUCUAGAACAACAAAAAAAGACCUUG